UCCUGCUCUGGCUCACGUGACCGUGCGACCCCGGGAGCGAUGGCGGUGCGGCUGGCCGGCUUCCUGAUGUUGCUGGGGCUCGCGGCGCGCGGUCGGUGGCUCCGCGAGCGUGCCCCUCCGCGGGUCGGCGUCGCCGGCCUCUGCUCCCUGCUCAUCGCCUCGCUCUCCGCAGGGCCCGCGCCAGCACGUGCCGGGAAGAUGAAGGUGGUCGAGGAACCCAACACAUUCGGGCUGAAUAACCCGUUCCUGCCCCAGACAAGUCGCCUUCAGCCUAAGAGAGAGCCUUCGCCUGUAUCGGGGCCCCUGCAUCUCUCCAGACUUGCUGGCAAGUGUUUCAGCCUAGUGGAGUCAACGUACAAGUAUGAGUUCUGCCCUUUCCACAACGUGACCCAGCAUGAGCAGACCUUCCGCUGGAAUGCCUACAGCGGUAUCCUUGGCAUCUGGCAUGAAUGGGAAAUCACCAACAAUACCUUCAAGGGCAUGUGGAUGACUGAUGGGGACUCCUGCCACUCCCGAAGCAGGCAGAGCCAGGUGGAGCUUACCUGUGGGAAGAUCAAUCGACUGGCCCAUGUGUCUGAGCCAAGCACCUGUAUCUAUGCACUGACAUUCGAGACCCCCCUCGUCUGCCAUCCCCACUCCUUGUUAGUGUAUCCAACCCUGCCAGAGGCCUUGCAGCAGCGCUGGGACCAGAUGGAACAGGACCUGGCAGACGAGCUAAUCACACUGCAGGGCUAUAAGAAGUUGCUGAGGGUGCUUUUUGAAGAUGCUGGCUACUUAAAGGUCCCAGGAGAAACUCAUCCCACCCAGCAGGCAGGAGGUUCCAAGGGCCUGGGGCUUGAGACCCUGGACAGCUGUAGAAAGGCACAUUCAGAGCUGUCCCAGGAGGUACGAAGACUGACCAGUCUGCUGGACCAGCAUGGAAUCCCCCACACUCAGCCCACAGAGCUGCUGGCACAACUGGAUCCCAGCUCCCUCAGACCUAGCCAUGUCCUCCUCAUUACUGGAGCUGUGAAAGGAACUACUCAGACAAGGGUCUCAAGAGGAAUCUUCAGGGAACUGAGGCCAGGCUGCCAAAGCACCCAGUAGAAAAUCUUCCCCCUUGUACCACGUGGUCAAGGAACCAGAGCUUCACCCAUUGCAGGGAUCUCCACCCCCAGGAGGCCCCAGGAGAGAGAAAUCUGUAGGCAACCACUCUCAAACACAAGCCAUUCCAGUAAGGCUGCUGAGUGAGUGAGCAGGGUGGCAGGGCUGGCCAGGUGCUGAGACUUGGAACCCAGGGCUCCUGGCCUAGACACUUGACACCAUGGACUCCGGCACCCAAGAACAGGGUUAACAAGAACCGCUCUCAAUCACGCCUCUUCACCCGAUCCAAUGAGGCUUAGGAAAGCAACAAGAUAAAGCGUAGGCAAGAUGGUGCUGCCCCAGCACCUACUUCUGUAACCCCUGAUGUUCUCGGGCCACGGGAACCAGGCACCGAUGUGACGACUGAAGAGAAUCAUGACAAAGAAAAACCGAGUUGCCAGGGGAGAAACUCUGCAAUGAGAGUCCAAAUGUGGAAGCAAAUCAGGGCAAAGUGGGCCACUGUCCCAGUGCUGAUGAACGGCAGAGGCCUCCUGCUGCACAGGUUUCCUGAUUCCUGUGUGUUUCCUCAUGUUGCACACCUGUCCCUGACUGAGCUUCUGAGGUCCUUCAGUACAUCCCUCCUGUUAUCUGAGCAACAUCUUCCAAACAGCCUGGGACAGAGAGAGAUGGGAUUCUGGGCAUUCAGCUGACCAGGGACCAUGGGUAUCCUGGGCUUGUGAGGACUGAGGACCCCUACUAGGUAGUUUCAGCUCAGGAGUUUAUCGUCUUAGAGUCCUGAAGUUCAAAAUCGAAGUGUGCAGACCUGCCUGCACUCUUUCUGUUGGCUUAGGGAUUAUUGCUCUACCUCCUGGGGUGUCAGCUCUUCCUGGGUGUGUGGCUACAUGGAUCCCGACUGCCUCCAGUGCCACAAUCCUGUUCUCUCCUGUGUGUCUGCAUUUCUUAGAAGGACACCAUCACUGCGCAUCAGGACCUACUCUACUGACAUCAUCUUAACUUGAUGACAAAGAUCUCAUUUCCAAAUGAGGACACAGUCACAGAUGUAUCCUCCAAUGGUGGUAAUCGAACCUGGGCCUCACAGUCUAGGCAAAUGUUCUACCAUUGAACUAUAUUCCCAGUCUAGAUUCAUCUUUUUGGGGGGGAUAAAAAUCAACCCACAACAAAGGGAUCCCACCUGGAGACACUCCCUUGCCAUGUCUGCCCCAUGGUCUCCAGACCCUGCUCUCCAUUCACAGAACUGCCUGUCUCUCGCUGGGAACACAUGCCACACUGGGUUCAACAUGGUCAGGGCACCUGUCCCCAGUCCCUGCUCUUCUGCUGCUGUCUCUGCUCAGUCUCCUAGCCCUCUCAUUCUCAUACCUCCUCAAGCCCCACUCUUUCCUCCGCCUUCUAGACCCUUCUGUCCAGCUCUGCCUCCUGCAAGGCACUUGUUUCUGCAGGGUUCCGUCUUCCCUGCUGAGCCUGCAUCCCCACACCCCACUCACACAGCCUCCCUCUGGGGGCCUUGAAGCCUUUCCCAGCCUAUAUAUAGUGGUUUCUGAAGCCCUAUGGUAACAGGACCCCAGGCCCUAGUAAGCCCCAAGAACUUAGCACAACUGAUGCCAUGACAGAGUGCCAUUCAGGCCUUAAAACCCAGCACACAGGCAGCAAAAUGAGAACAGAGACCUAACCCCAUCUAAGUCCAUAGUCUGGGAAAGUCCCUAAGUGUACUAACCCUGCUUUCUGGCUUCAACAGUUCUGCUUCUGGCUAACUGUUCUUGCUAAAUGAGAUGUGUCAGCCCAGGAUGUGGGUUUUGUGCUCAAAAGCUCACCCUGAGAAAGGCUCAGGACUGCACUUGGCCUCGAAGGGGUAGUCUCCAGCUGGCCAAUAAAGACUUUCUAUUGACUCAAA